GGCGUUUGAAUGUUUUGCCUCUUUAGCUGUGCUACGUCAAGGUCAGGAAGAAUUUUAAAAUUUUGGCACAAACUCGUGGUUUGUUGCAACCUUUUGCAUUCCUACAAGUAAAUCAAGAGAAAUUUGUAGGAGCAUGGCACACUCAUAUGUUGUGAUGACGCCGUUUUCUUUGGAUAACAUGAAAAUUAUACGUUUUGAACGCACCAAAAAUCUGGAUGAAAGUUUGGUCCAUCAUAUUGCUGGUGGACAACAUUCUGGUAUUAUAGUAAACAAAGAGUGCAAAUUGAAAAAGGAACCUAUGGAUAUACCAGAGAUGCAACUGCAGUUUACUUGCGUUAUGUUCAAUAACAGAACAUCAGAGACUCAUGCUGAAAAUCGUCGUCUAAAGUUUUGGUUCAGUAAAGGUGCUCAACAAUUUGAUCGUUUGGAUGAGUCAUAUGACUUUUUCCAGGAACUCAUUGAUCCCAGUUCAUUUCCGAGGGAUUAUGUCGGUUUCCUUAAAAAGUUAUUGAAGCAGAUGCAUGGAACUCGUUAUCUAAGUCUUCGUCGUGUAGAUCUAGAUAUAAUUCCUUUGGAUAAACUGGAACAGGAAUCAUUGGUCCCUGACAUGAAUUGUCAAGAACGAGAUAAUAGACCAACUGAGCAAGUUAUACGUGAAUCUUUACAAAUGAGAUUAGAAGAAGCUUAUCCUAAUGUCUUGUGUAUGGAAGAUCUUGUUCGCAUUUUAGAAUAUGACAAUGUUGCUGUACUCCAAGCCCAGUUGGAUGAGUUAGCCAGUCGUGAUUUGAUACAACCAAUUCGAUUGGAAGGUCAACAUGCUGGUCAGUUUGGUUAUCGAAGAAAAAUUCACUUACAGAAUCAUGUUGUAAGAGAAAUGAAAGGAGCAAAUCAUAUGCAACAAGUAUCUACUAGUGAAAAACCGACAAUUGCAAUUAUCACUAAUUUACUGUGUGAAAAGUUAGCUGUAGAUGCGAUGAUGGAACAGAAAACAACAUUUGUUCGUUAUAAAACUGAAGGAGAAUCGCAUGUUUAUACCAUUGGAAGUAUAGGACCGCAUAAAGUAAUUUCUACUAAAUUACCUAUGGUUGGACGUGAACUUCAAGCGAAAAUCUCCUCUGGAAGUAUUACAACACGAUUACUUGGAGCAUUUCAAGCUGUACAACAUGUAUUUCUAGUGGGUGUUGGUGGCAGUGUACCUCACGUGUAUGAAUUCGACAAACAUUCGCGUUUGGGUGAUAUUGUAGUGAGUGCUGUGGCUCGUCCAACCGGACUGCAUUCCCCGUUGGCCACAAACAACCAUUCGAUGACAAAUGGUGUUGAAGACGCUAUUUACAUUUACUGUGAUCGUUUAAUCGAACCUCCAGAAGAUGCUGUUGAUGUUAAGACACCAAGAUUCGUGUUGAAAAAAUACGCCGCUCGAGACUCAACACUAGUAAACUGUGUGGAGAAAGUCCUUGAUCGCUUUGAAGCAGCCCCAGAAAAAUGUGAGUGGGCUCAAAUAUUAAAGUCUGCUCUAAAUGUAUUAGGUGGAGAAGAUGAUCCUAUUGAUUUCGCACGACCUGCGCCUGAUACUGAUAAGUUAAAAUUAAAGAUCAAUGAAGGCGUUACAUUCGAUAUCAAACAUCCAGAUGUGCCUGAGGAAUUGGCCCGCUUUUAUCCACCUGGCGUACCAGCUGUUCGCCUUGGCUGUAUGGGGUCCGGUCGACCGGUUACCGAUAAUGACGCAUUGAGGAAUGACUUUGCCAAAGAGCAUCACUUACUGUGUUAUGAUGCUGAAUAUGACCAAGUUUUGGAGUCUGUAAUGGGAAAUGGUCUUGACUCUUUUAUUCUCAUUCGUGGGAUAGCUGACUAUGUGGAAGGGAGACAAGGGACACAGUGGCAGCCAUAUGCUGCACUUGCAGCAGCCUCCUUUAUGAAAUCUAUAAUUCUGCAACUACCAUCGAUUUCAAUAAAUGAAGAUUGAUUGCCUAACUCUUAUUAUCUCAAAAUGUCUGCCUAUUAAUGCUUUACCCAAAGACUUCCUUAAAGUCUAUGCUUAUUUUAACUGCAUAACUUUGUCACCUUUUCAUCUCAACCCAUCUUGUACAGUUCUGAUAACGUUCACUGAAAUCUACCAAUUCACUUACUGAAACAUGCCUUUUGAUGUAGCUUUAUUUUUUUGUCCAUCUCAUGUAUGAACAAUUAAAACAAAUUAUUGCCAUGUAUUAUAAUUAAUAUAAGUAUAUUAUUGGUAAUAUC